CCUGUCCCUGUUGUGGUUCCACAACACGCGUGAAUGUCGCUGUGUGAAAAACUUUGGUGCCAUGGCCGCUGAUAACUGUGCUGGAAACGUUUCUUUGUCUUUACGGAACCUGCUGAACUCCAUCCACUGCGUCAGAGACCGAGUCAGAGAUGGAGAGUCCAAUGAGUCAGAUGGAGCGUUCAACCUCUCCAACUUCUGGGACACUCUGAACCAGGCAGUGAAGGCCGUGUCUCAGGAAGCCACUAAACUCAGCCUGGCCUUCUCCAAACCUCCGCUGCCGUCACAGCAGGAUGGAGAGAAGUUGUCAGAGUCCAUGAUGAAGAGUGUCCUCACCCUGUCCACAGUCUAUUACUGGCUACCUAAGAGCCAAGGCAUCAGUCUGAGGCGGCACGUCAGAGACGCCACCGUCGAGGUUCUGGAGGGAGUUUCACAGCUGGUGGAGGUGAUACUGAACUCACCCCUGCAGAGUCUGAGCCAGGAACAGCUGACAUCAACAGGAAGUGUGUGGUCAGCCUGCGACCAGUUCGCCCAGUUACCACAAGAUAAUAAAGCUGCUGUGCUGCUGGUUCUGUCUGCUCAGAUCGGAGUGGUGAAAGACGCCAUCGAGGAAAUUGAACAGGCCUUAUCUGAGGCCCAGGACCCAUUCAGUGACGUCCUCGACGACGACCAAGACGGGGACGAGCCUCGAGGCAACCAGGACACGUACUGGUCAGACAAGGACCGGCGUGUGAUUGGUCCGUGCCAGGGUCUGAUGAAGGCGUCUGCAGCAUGCCUCAGGAAGCUGGUAUCAGCGAUCAAAGCCAACGGCAACGUUACUACGCCUCAGAACCUGUCCCAGCUCGAUGACCUGGCUGACAUUAGCAAGGAAAUCAGCCCAGGUGUUGAUGAUCUGGCUCUGUGUCUGUACCCGCCCAUGGACUACAGUGGGGUGGAGAGCAACGUGUCUAAACUGGCAGCGCUGUUGAAGAAGGUGCUGGGGAUCAUCAGGUCCAGUCAUGUGUGUGGGGAGUCAGAACUGACCUGGGUUCAGUUCUUAGACGGAGCCAUCGAUCACAACCUGCAGAAAACCAGAGACCUGAUCCAGCAGGACGGAUAGAGCUGCUACAGGGUGUUAUGUUGUUUUAUGGUUGGCUGCAGGGAUGCUUGUGUGUGUGUGUGUGUGUGUGUGUGUGUGUGUGUGUGUGUG